CUUCCACGGAGCGCCACAUGAACUCCUGGUCUUCAGUCAGGGCUCCCUGCUCCAGCACCAACCGCCGCACACUCAGGAUAUCAACCGGAACCAAAAAUGGAGUCUGCCACGAUUGCAGAAGCAUCUUUACUCUCAAACCAGUCAUCUAAGAGCUGUGCACCAGCAGAGACAGCAAUAGAGAACCAGCUGUUUGGGUGGUUCUACAUGGUGGUCUUCAUCCUGGCCCUUGGUGGUAACAGUCUUGCUCUCUGGAUCUUUUCUCGUCAGCGUGGGGCUUUUUGCCCUGCUAACAUCUUCUUGGUUCAUCUGGCAGUGGCAGACCUAUCUUAUGUGGUCAUCCUCCCACUCAGAGCAAUUUACCACUUCACCGGCGGCCACUGGCCGCUGGGUGAGGUCCCCUGCAGGCUGGUGGGCUUUUUGUUCUAUGUCAACAUGUACGCCAGUCUGUACUUUCUGGCUUGCGUGGCAGGGGACCGCUACCUGGCUGUGGUUCAUGCUGUAAGGUCAAUGAAGCUUCGCCAAGGUCGCUAUGCUCACAUCAUCAGCUUCUCCUUGUGGGUCUUGGUCACACUCUCUAUGGCGCCACUGCUGGUUACCCAUCAGACAGCACAGGUGGACAACACAACGGUGUGCUUGCAGCUGUACAGAGAGAAGGUGUCCCACAAGGCGCUGGUCUCUCUGGCUGUAGCCUUCACCCCGCCUUUCCUUGUCACCCUAUCCUGUUACCUGCUCAUCAUCCACAGCCUGCACCGGGGCUCCAGGCUGGAGCCUGCCCUAAAACUCAGGGCCCUGCGUACCAUUGGUGCCGUCAUUCUCAUCUACAUGGUCUGCUUUCUGCCCUAUCAUCUGAGCAGAGUCACCUUCAUCCUUGGCUACAACGACCCAGACGUAUCCUGCCAAACACGAAGAGCCUUGAGCAUGGCCAAUCGCCUUACCUCCUCCCUCACCUGCAUGAACGGUGCUAUGGACCCACUGGUGUACCUGUUCGGGGCAGAGAAAUUCAGAAGCACGCUGAAGAGGUUGUUCUGUAAAGAUAAGACAGGGAUGAUUGGGGCCACUAGCGGAGACCUAAAGGGAACACAUGAAAGCUCGCUGAGUGCCAAGUCUGAGUUCUGAGUAAAAGACCUGGAAGACUGUCGUAAACAGCUUUGUUCAGGCCUUAAUGGAUGCUAUGAACCUUAGCCUGGAUGGAGUGAAGCAUGAACUAAAGUCCAACAUCCAGGCUUCACUCUGCACCUGGUCUAAUAAACCCCUUAUGAAACUAUUUGUGCAAAGUUUCAAUGAAAAGUCACCCUGAAUAGACAGCUUGUUUAAAAAGUGAGAUGUUCGCUGAUGAAAGGGCCCAAGCAUCUUACAUUUCAGUGUCUGUUUCAGUCAAAUUUGGAGGAUUUCUUGGUUAAUCAAAGACGUAUUGUCAAUGACAUGCGGACAAUGACUGACCAACUUCAAAUAACGAUGUGCGUAGAGAUGUCCAAUUUAGAAAUUUUCUGUGAAUAAUAUAAAGUGACACAACUACAGGCCCUUUCACAAAACACUUUCGGUUGCUUUUUUUGCCAUCAUUUGAUUUCUGAAGGUAGCAAGAGGAGAUGAUCAACGUGGUACUGUCCAAACCCACAGGUGGGAUAGAGACAGAGCUGUAAAAGUCAACGUAUGUAAGGAGGAGCUGGGUUUAUGGCUCGGGGGUUUGCUGUAGGGACGACAGACAAUGAGAUGAUCCGGCUGUGGGACUUGAGGCCAAAAUCCAAUGGGACUCUGGUUUCCACAUUGACACGUCAGACAAGUUGCACUGAAGUAAGCUAAAAACAGAUUAAUGAACCUCACACGCCUUGUGUCUCUGAUACGUUUCACCUUUUACAAUGAGAAAUGUCAGAAAUAUGCUCCAUAUUCACCUGUCCGGGUUCUACCAGGGUCCAGCAAAGUCAGCUUCAUUUAUUGAUUUUAAAAACAUGAUUAGCUUGAAUGGGGUCUGAUGAAUAGGGGCUAUGGUGGAUCUGUUUUAUGACAGAGGCCAAUGAUUCUAGUGUUGAAUAUAAUGCAUUUUCCUUCUGUAGGAAAGUUUUUUUUAUUAUUAUUAUUUUAAAUAUGUACCUUAUUACAACUGUAGAGUCAACAUGUAUUGUCAAAACUGUCAUGGUAACAGAUUUUUGCAUGUUUUGUAUGGUUUCAAUCAUAUAUCUAAUGUCUUUCCCUUUGUUUUUGAGACGGGUUUUCCCAUUGUUUUACAUUGGAAACCUAUGAAAAGAUGUUGUAUUUUCUGUGACUUCAUAGCCUCAACAUCUUAGAGGAACAACUAGCAAUAUGAUCACCAUAGUCAGAAUUUGUCAUGCGGUCACAAACAUGUCUUUUUUUGUUUGUUUCUGUUUCUUUAUCUCACUUCCUAGUCAUGUGUGACUUAUUUGGAAGAAAAGGAGGAAUAGCUGUUUUUACCGUACAUCAGAGAACAAUCUGUCAUCAACAGCCAUUUUCACCACAGUAAAUGUGAUGAAAAUGAUAACUUAUUUAAAUAUCAAAACACUGGAAAAGGAAACCAAACCUUCCCAUGAACUGUGGACUAAACAGGACCAGGCGUCAUGGCCGUUGACCAUAAUAAGAAGAAAUGGUGACUGUGAAUUCAACUUCUAACAUGUGUUUUCUGUAAGCCAAAUGAAACAGACACUCAUUAUUGUAAGAAGUGUGGUUUGAUGUGUAUUUAGCUUAGCAACCUUGAGUAUUUAAUCCAGACAGGAAAGCACAAUGAAACUGUGAGAAGCUUGGGGUCUCUGACUGGAUUUUUUUUUUUUUUUUUUUUUUUGAAAAAUCAAGUGUCUAUACUUUCAUUCAUGACCAAAUUUUUGGAGUUUCAAACUCUUGAUUUGAGUCCAUUACGGCACCAGCUGAAAAAUGUAACAAAUGUUGCCGUUUUGCUCCCAAAUCAAACCGAGUCUACUGGACUAUCAGGUGUGAAAACACCUUUAAAAUAUGAUUCUGUUAAGGUAACUUUAAAAUUGUACAGAAUAUGCAAACUGUGCAUUUGUUGACCUUUAAUUUCUCUUUGGAGGCUUCAGGCCGGCACCGAAGAAUCUCAAAUGUCGGUUAUCCCUUGGGCCGGCUCUGACACUAACCAGUGAUGAUGUAAUUAAAGUAGUGUAGAGAUUUACUGAUAUCUGCAGGAGGCUAAUAUGACAAAUUACUAUUGUAUAUAAACAUACUCUUCAUUUUUUCUUUCAGCUUCUUAAAUUUGCUAUAGUCUGCGUUUCUGCUACAAUAUUACACAACACCGUCUGACUUCAUGAAACUUGCAAACCGCUGUUAUGCUUGAGACAAAUUUCACAAGUAGUGCUCUUUCUGAUCCUUUAACUUGUAACUGUUUUAUUUUUAUACUCUGCAAUGAAUUUGCUUAAUUCUUCUCAUAAAAACUACAAAUGA